AUGUCGACGUCGAAGGAAAACUACGAGAUUCGAGACCUGGAAAAACGCGGCGGGUCGCGCUCCGACGACGACUACGCAGAAUCGCACUCCAACCCGGCUGUUGAAACCGCAGAGGCUGAAUACACAAAACUCUCGUUUCUCGACAACCUGGCCGCCAAAUUGAGAGCAGAAACCAAGGGUAUCGAGCCGAUCACGGACGACGAAAAGGACGACCCAUCCAUUCUGAACGCUGCAUCAAUGUGGUUUUCCGCCAAUAUGGUCAUUGCCGCUUUUGCCCUGGGUGUUUUGGGCCCCAUGGUGUUUAAAAUCAACUUCUGGGGGUCUGUUAUAGCCGUUGUGGUGUUUUCGUUUCUCGGGAUCUUGCCUGUGGCCUUCUACUCCGUGUUCGGCGUCGAGCUCGGCUUACGUCAGAUGGUGCUGUCACGUUUCCUGCUGGGAAACGUGACCGCCCGUAUUUUUGCCCUGAUUAAUGUGAUCGCGUGUGUUGGCUGGGGUGCCGUCAACACUAUUGCGUCAGCACAAUUGCUGCAUAUGGUCAAUCCACACGGCGCACAAUGUCCGCCCUGGGCCGGAUGUCUUAUUAUUGUGCUAUCGACUAUUCUGGUAACGUUUUUCGGGUACCGGGUGAUCCACGCGUACGAAAAAUGGUCGUGGAUCCCUAAUUUCGCGGUCUUCUUAGUCAUCAUCGCACGACUCAAGAUCAACGGGUCGUUCACAGUGGGCGAGUGGGUUUCGGGUCCGACCACGGCCGGUGGUAUUUUGAGUAUGGGCGGUGUGGUGUUUGGGUUUGCCACCGGAUGGACCACUUACGCGGCUGAUUACACGGUGUAUAUGCCCCGCUCCACAAACCGGGCCAGAGUUUUCUUCGCGGUUAUGGCCGGACUUAUGUUCCCGCUGUGCUUCGCGAUCAUCUUGGGCGCCGCAGCCGGAUGUGCGUCGCUCAACAAUAAGACCUACGGCGAUUUUUACGAAUCCGACGGCGUUGGCGGUCUGGUGUAUGCGAUUUUGGUGCCUAACUCCGUCGGCGGUUUCGGACAAUUCUGUUGUGUGCUAUUGGCAAUGUCCACGGUGGCUAACAACAUCCCUAACAUGUACUCGAUCGCACUGGGUACUCAGGCGAUGUGGGGCCCAUUGGCCAAGGUGCCUCGUGUGCUGUGGACCAUCGCUGGUAACUUUGUGACUUUGGCCAUUGCUAUUCCAGCUUACUACAAAUUCACCUCAUUCAUGAGUAACUUUAUGGACGCUAUCGCUUAUUACUUGUCCAUCUAUAUCGGAAUCUCGAUCACGGAACACGUGGUGUUCCGUAAGGCGCGCUUUUCGAGCUAUCACGUGCAGGACUGGAACACGUGGUCGGCGUUGCCCGUGGGUGUUGCUGGAUGUUGUGCGUUGUUCGUUGGUGCUGUGGGUGUUGCGUUGGGAAUGGAGCAGACGUACUGGACCGGUGAAAUCGGACGCAAGAUCGGAGAUUUCGGCGGAGACAUCGGGUUCGAGCUCGGGUUUUCGUUCUCCGUGGUGACGUAUCUGGCGCUGCGUCCGCUGGAACUACGCUGGUUGGGACGCUAG